GUAGCAAUCAGAAAAAUAUUACCACGGUAUUUCACAAAUUUAAACAAAAACCAUUGCACAAGCAUUGUUUACAAAGCAAUGAAUGAUACAUGAAGUUUUCGUAUCUGUUUAAAACCUCGAAACUGGCAUUCACCUUUUUGUCUCUUAGUAUGUUUGUCAAAUGUAAACAUUUAUAUGCUUCGUUCUAGUUGACGUUUAAAGUUCUUUGGUACAUGGCAUUUAAAUCAAUCGCGCGACCUUAUAGUUACCAGAUAUAAUCAACACCUGGAACUAUGCACGUUUGUUUAUAAACAUCCAGAACCCGCCAUGUUGGAUUGUGAAGCCCAGUAGUUGAUCAGUGGAUCUGAAUUAGGCCUCAAGAAAUCCACAAAGAUCAGCCUGUUGAACAGUUUGGUUCUCUGUCAGCGGAGACCUCUCCCCUGGCCUGGUCACUGAUGGAUGUACCGCGGGUUAUCACAUCUAUAGACACAGGGUAUGAGUAUGGAGUAUAUGGUGUGACGUGUCUGGAUGAUACAAAAAUAUGGACCCAUAGUGGUGGUGACAACAUGAUGAACCUCUACAACCACCAGGGGAAACAAGUGGAGUCAAUCCAAACAAAGUCAGGGAACACUCCAACAGACAAAGCAGUGACAAGGAGUGGGGAUCUAGUUUAUACUGAUUACAAAGAUAGAACUGUGAACAAAGUGAAGAAUACACAGAUACAGACAGUGAUCAGACUACAGGGGUGGAAACCUCAUGGUGUCUGUAGUACCUCCUCUGGUGACAUCCUGGUUAUCAUGGACAAUGAUGAUGAUAAACAAACAAAAGUUGUGUGUUACUCUGGCUCCACAGAGAAGAAUAGUAUUCAGUACGAUGACAAAGGACAACCUCUCUAUUCCUCUGGCUACUAUAAAUACAUCAGUGAGAACAGGAACCUAGAUAUCUGUGUGUCAGACUACGACGCCCGUGCAGUAGUGGUGGUCAAUCAGGCCGGGAAACUCCGGUUUACCUACACUGGUCCUCCCCCUACCACCAAAGAAUCAUUUAAUCCACGCGGCAUCACAACAGACAGCCAGGGUCGGAUCCUGACAGCAGACUGUGACAACCAAAGUAUCCACAUCCUGGAUCAGGACGGACAGUUCCUCCGCUACAUUGACAACUGUCAUUUACAGCGUCCAUGUGGUUUAUGUGUGGACACCAGAGACAGUCUCUUUGUGGCUGAGUUAACAGGUAUAGUGAAGAAAAUUGAAUAUGACAUGUAAAUUAAAGGGAACUAGACACAUUUCAGGUCAAAAUCUUUAUUUUUUUUAUUUUUUAUGCAUAAAAUAGCUUACCUAUGUUAUUUGAGUGAUUCGCCAAAAUUUGACUGUUAGUAUUCAAGUUAUAAGAGAGAUACAGAUGUAAGAAUUCAUUGUUAUGUAAACAAAGCUCGAGUCUUAUACUUGUUUACAAAUAAUGUAAAGCAAGGAAUUACCAUUUCUUUGACAAACUGACUCGUGGCAAACAAAAUAAACUGAUUCAAUUUGUUUUUAAAUAAUAUUAUCAACAGAAAAAGCAACAUUUGAUUAAAACUUAUGUCAAUAAGACACACAUGUAAACAAUAACAAGACUCAAUAUUUGUUUACAAAACAAAGAAAAUCAAACUCAAUAUCUCACUUUUAACUCAAUAAUUUACUUUCAAAUUUUGACAAGGCAUUUAGAAUACCCAUAUUAACCAUUCUAAACAUUAAAAACAGAACAAUAAAAUUUAGAAUUUUGAGCUCAAAUUGUGUCCAAGUCCCUUUAAAUAGCUGCAUAAAUUAUAUGUAAACAAAUGAACCAAAUAUAUAUUUUAUUCUGUGUGUAGAUAUUACAUGUAAAGAAACUAUUUACAUUGCACCUGAAUAUAUUGUGUACAUAGAUGACAAUACUGGGUGUUUAUAUUGUAAAGAUAUUUAUCAUUACAGAUAAAAUAUAUAUAAUCAGUCUAAUCGGGUCAUGUAAACUUUUUUUAACAAUGAAGGCUGUGUUUAUAUUUCUUAUGAAACAUGUAUCACAUGUAAACAACCUGACCUAUCUAUUAGAUGUAAACAAAUUGUUCACUGUACUUAUAUAACGGGUAGGUUUCCAUGUAUUUAAUUAUAUUGCAUGAAAUCAAACUAUGUGCGUUUUAACACCAAUGAUUUUAUGCAAACAAUUUGGUUUUUUUUCAUAUUACAUGUAGACUGACUAUUCUUGUAUAUGUAAACAAAAUGACCGAGUUUAUGUAAUUCUUUCCAUGUAUAUUAAAUGACUCAAUAUUCAUUUUCAUAUGAACAAA